AUGCCCCCGUUCGACCCAAACACUUCACAUCCCUAUACCAUGCCUCAGUGGAUUAUCUCGAUGCAAGACUACCCAGAGUUCAAAAUUAUCAACAGGCUCGUUCAAGAACCAGACUCUACCGUACGAGAUGCUCUCGAAGAGUUCCAACGACUGACAUUGUCGCUCAUCGACGCCCGAAAUCAGAAUCUAUUCGAUUUGCACCCCUGGCACACAUUCUGUUGUCUCUUUGAAGUGGCGAAGCGAACAGAUCACGACAAACAAGACAAGUUGGUAGACUUCGCAAUCGGUCUGCAACGGGUCACGGUCACAAACCCGGCAACGGGAGAACAGCCCAGACAAGACGGCCAGCUUCUUUGGACAGAGAUGCCAGCGCUGGGGUACACUGCGGCUGACGAUUGGCAUCAGAUUGACGUCACGGAUGCCAACACCGUACCGGAAGCUCUAGAGCGAUACGAAAACUUCCUCGCUCUACUUGCACGACUGAGCUCCGCAUUCGACGUCGACUACAGUGAUUUCAGGGUCCCCGAAAUGGACUUUUCCUUCUGGUCUAUGCGGGCCUUCAAGGAAGCAUUCGAGGAGCAGCCCCCGGCCGAUUCGGCAGUGCGGACGGCAUGCAUGUGGCUGAUCUACGCGUCAGAUCGCCUGUGGUCGAAUAUUGUGCACGGCCGAGUAUUUGGUCGGAUUGACGAUGACCCUGGCACUGUCAUGACACAAGACAUGUGGACAGGUUGGGAGCAGGGUCUACGGAGAGUUCGAGAGACUUGCGCUCUAAGAACAAUUGGACUUGUUGAUAGGGCCAUCUCAAGUAUGAGGCUUGCCCGCAGACUUCCGUUGGUCAACGGCUCGACUUGA